UGUAUCCAACAAUGAAGCCAUCCAGCAUGAUAUGCACUCUGCUGCUGUGGGGUGUGUGUGUGUGCGUUCUGUUGGCUGAGGAGCCUGUGACGAGUUCGGCACCAGACAACAGUAACACAAACAUUACUGCUCCAACAGACGUCACAACCACCCAACAGGUCACUGCACACAAAAGUGUGUUGAAGCCUGCAACCUUGCACCCAACAAAACCUGCAGAUAUUACUGCAGGGCAGAAAGUGUUACCCACAACGGUCCCUGAAGAUGGAAUCAGAAAGAAAUCUAACAGCUCAGCUGGGGGGUGGCUCGAGUUGACAACUGCUGAACCAGCAACUAGCAGCUUCAGACUUCUCACCCCGACAGAAAAGGUAACUGCUAAGGAGGUAUUUCCUGUAAAGACGACAACUGCAACUGAACAAACUCUGCCUGCGGGGUUUAUGACUACAGACAGACCACAGUCUGUCAGGCCAACAAUCACAGCUACAGUGACCACAGCGAGUCGAGGAGCAGCAUCUUCAUCGACCCCCACUGCUGCCAGUACGGAACAGUUUUUCUCAUCAAAGACCACAGUUGAUGUGCAAACAUCCUCUCAAAUCACAUCAACUGGAAGUGGACUACAACAGUCUACAGCCCUGAGCACGGCUACAAGUGAAGCACAACCUUCUAAUCUUACAACGAUGACCGAUGCAAUAAAUCAAACAAUAGAGCAUCCCUACACAUCAACUUUCACUGACGUGGCAGCUUCUACAGCCUCACAUGUUCCUACGCAACAUUCUACAUCCAUUACUGGUUCUAAGACAGAGGUACCCUUCACCACCUCUUUGGGUACAUCUACUCAAAGCACUGAAGUUCCAACCUCAGGAACUUUUCGAUCCACCGGCACUGAGCUCUCAUCCCCAUCCUAUCCUGUUCCUGCCACAACUACCUUCAACUCCACACCAACAGGACCAGUUUCCACUUCAACUGAUUCUUCCAACACCACUACCGCCAACUUUAGCAGUCCAGCAUGGGUUUUUAAUCCUCGCAACCGAGAGUCAACUACAACAUGGGCUCCAUCAACUACAAAAUCACCCUGCGAAGCGUCGAAGGGUUCCUCAAGUAGUGAGGUUCUGCCCUGCUCCACCAGGGGAGUGGUGAAGCAGUGCCUCGUCAUCAUCGCCGUUUUGGCUCUGGUGGCCACCAUCUUCAUUGUCUCCACCAUUAUCCUGUGCGUCAAGCUGUCAGCAAGGAAAUACAAAGUAAGGAAACCUCAACAGGCCACCGAGAUGACGUGCAUCUCCUCUCUGCUACCUGACAGGAGUAUCACCUACACCAGGCAGCGUAAUCCGGUGAGCAACGGAGUCCUGGUGUUCCCUGGUGUAGGAGACAGUGACGAGGAAGGCGGGGAUAAUCUCACUCUCAGCAGCUUCCUUCCGGAAAAUGACCGCUAUGUUUAGGUGGAUUUACGCAGUGAUCUGAGACUGUACAGAUGGUCAGUGAUGCAGAAACUUCUAAAUUCAUGUGGUGGACACAUUAAACGCAGAGGAACAGAUACACAAACCACAAUGUCAUGUCGCUUCUUGCUCAAUGCUCCAGCUGCAUCUGCCAUUUGAUCUGAAGGAUGUAGACUUUGAGCAUAACUUUACACAUGCUGCCCCCCGGGAGAAAUGAACUCAGGAUGCAGAGAAAGAUCAAAGCUGCUUUCCGUUUUUUUUACUUUCAAGCAUCCGGACCAGAACUCUUGUGGUAUUUUACUUUGCAACAAGAGACAGGAAGUCUUGCUUUAUAAAGAGCCCUCCCUGUUCUUUACAGACACUGUAGAUAAAAAAAAAAUUAUUUCCAACCAUCAAGGAACUUUUUAGACCUAUGCCCUUUUUGGAGACCAAGAAGUUAAAUGCGGCCCUUUCUUUAAUUAAUAGUUAGCUUCCAUCAAAUGAGUUUAGGAGUCUAUUAACAUGUGAUAUUGAGACAAUUUUUCUCACGCUUCUUUGGGAAAAUUAUCAAAGCUGCUGUUUAGAGCAGAUUUAUUUCAGAUCUAAGCUCCAACUGGCUCCAUCCUUAUCCUUAAACUUAAGCUGGUGAAGCCAUAUUUUUGUUGAGGCAGAUAAAUUAUUAAGAAGAAAUCAGUUGGUCUCAUGGGUUUAAGGACAGAGCUCACAUGUAUGAAUAUUUGCUGUUUCUCUCAGUUCUUUACCGUUGGGUUUCUUGCACCACUGUUUUAAAAGCCAGAUUUUCUACAUACACCACUAACAGUGCUAACAGGUUCCCCCACCUGAGUUUUGGACCUCUGUAGCUCCUCCAGAGUUCUUAUUGACUGUUUUUUUUGUUUUGUUUUAUUUUUUUUUAUUAUUAAUGUUGUACUUUCCUGACUGGUAAGUUUAGUGGUUGCAUGUGGUGCUAAUA